AUGAAGAUGAUUCACAUACUCUUCCUCUUAGCUAUUCUCUCAUCCACUUCUCAUGCUGCUGUCAAUGAUUUCUGUGUAGCAGACCUAACAAGUCCAAAUACCCCAAAGGGCUAUCACUGCAAGACCUCAGUAACAGCAGAAGACUUUGCGUUUCGUGGCUUUGUAGCUGGGAACACCAAUAACUCAUUCAAUGCUGCAUUAACCUCUGCAUUUGUUACUGAUUUCCCAGCUCUUAAUGGUCUUGGUGUCUCUGCAGCAAGGUUAGACAUAGCACAAGGAGGAUCAAUUCCAAUGCACACUCAUCCUGGUGCAACUGAACUACUUAUAGUGGUUGAAGGUCAAAUCACUGCUGGAUUCUUGACACCUACUGGAAUUUAUGUGAACACACUCAAAGUUGGAGAUCUUAUGGUUUUCCCACAAGGACAGUUGCAUUUUCAGGUGAAUUCUGGUAAAGGAAAAGCCACUGCUUUUCUUGCUUUCGGUAGUGCAAACCCUGGUGCACAACUACUUGAUCUUCUAUUAUUUGGAAAUAAUUUACCUUCUGAGAUGCUGGCAAAGACUACAUACCUUGAUGUUGCUCAGGUCAAGAAGCUCAAGGCUCGUUUUGGUGGCAGAGGCUAG